AUGAAUGGACCACAGGAGCCUGCUUUCGUAUGCAGAAAAAACUUUCAUGCCUUAAAUAUUCAGGCCGUAACAGAUUCCAAUAUGAGAUUUCUUCAAAUCAAUACCUGUUUUCCCGGGGCAACUCACGACUCUUUCGUUUUGAGCAACUCGGGAUUGUCAGGUGUUAUGGAACAUCUCGAAGGGGGUGGGUGGUUACUUGGGGAUUCUGGCUACCCUCUCAAGGAAUGGCUCUUAACGCCAUUCUUAUCCCCAGCCAAUCAACACGAAGUGAAUUACAACGAUGCCCAUGGAAAGACUCGUGUUGUCAUAGAAAAAUCGUUUGGGGUAUUAAAAUCCAGAUUUAGGUGUUUACAUCGAACUGGAGGAGUACUCCCCUUUUCACCAAGUAGAUGUUCUCAAAUUAUUCAAUGCUGUAUCCGGCUUCAUAAUUUAGCUGUUUCAGAGAAAGUCCCCUUACUUGAGGGUGGGGUUGUACAGAACAUCAAUGACAAUGCCUUGUUUAACGCAAACGCACCAAGGAGAGCACAGGAUGUGCGCAUUCAAGUUGCAAAUUUAUUUUAACAAUUCAUCUAUUC